GGGACGGCUCGGGGGAGCCACCAUAUCUCACCGGAAGGUGCCUAUAUCGCAAUCCAUCUCCGAUCUCUUUUCCUUAGCGACGAAGAGAGCCUCUAUAAAAUCGAGGAAACUCCCCGCCAUAAAAGCCAUGAAGAAAACUCCGUCGAUCCGCAUCGUCUUCUUGCUUCCCGCAUUCGUCUUCUUUCUGUUGGUCUCGGUUUUGAUGGCGGAGGAACCCACGAAGAUCCCCGACCAGGCCGCCGGCGAGGUCCCGGAGGAGGAGGGCGGCGAUGCCGCUGUCCAUAUCGUCUACGUUGACCGACCGGAGACCGAGGAGGCCGAGGCCUUCCACAUUCGGACUCUCGCUUCGGUCGUCGGCAGUGAGGAGAAGGCGAAGGAUGCGGUGAUCUACCACUACACGCACGCUGCCAGCGGGUUCUCCGCCAAGCUCACUCCGAAGCAAGUCGAGGAAUUGUCGAAGCAACCGGGAGUUCUUCAGGUUGUUCCUAGUCAGACCUAUACUCUCUUUGGACCUGGGGGAACACGAGGCGCCGCCCGCACCAUGGGCAUCCUGUGAAUCCCUGUUGCAGAGACAAGCCUCUCUCAUCCGAAAUCUGAAGUGUUUCUCCGUGCUGUGCAUAAAUAAGAUGGCUUUGGAAACCUUAAAAUAAGGAUGUAAAAUCCAUAGAGGUGACUUGUUACUAAGCAAUGGAUAUCAUCAGUACUUUCCAAUUGCUGCGUGGGAUGUGGUUUCUGGUUUGAUAUAUGGAACUUAUGAUAUAUGAAUAUAAUUUUGAUUUUGAAUUGAAUCUGCACCAA